UUGUGCAAGCCGCUCCUUCAGCGUGCGGCUGACACUGGAGAGGCAGCGGGACUGGCAAGUCGCCCGUAUACCCAGAUAGGGAGCAUGCAGUCCGGCUUGUUAAAUGACUAGCCCAUCUGUCUUUUGACUGAAUAAACGGGGCGGGCAUCGCUUUGAAGAUGUGGCGGCAGCUGUGAGGGGUGUGUGGGUGCGCAGGGGGAGAUCUGUCGGUGCUAUUGGCGGUGUCUGGCUCUCCCUCUCUCGCUCUCUUUGUGUGUGCCUCUCUCUCUCCUCCUCGUCCUCCCCACUGGCAGUGCAGAGAGAGAUGGGCUCUCGGCGGCGGCUGCUCCCACACUGAAAGGAUGUGGCGCUUCCCCCUCAAGAAGAUCCGCAAACAGUUCAAACUGCUGCUGCUGGUCGUCCUGCUCACCUUCGGCAUCUGGUUCACAUACCUGCACAUCGCUGUGCUCAAGAAUGGUCGAGCGCUGAAGCUGCACCUAGCCUACGGACGCGAUGCAGAGAAGCUGAGUGAAGCUACUGAUACUGGCAGGAGAGCUGGCUCUACCCAUGCUGUGUCCAACAAAAGGAAGAUUGACGACUCCAGUGACAGUCAGGAGGAUGAACAGAUGCUGGACACACCAAGCAAAUAUGGUAGACCUUCGCAAGGUGAGCCAGAUCACUAUCAAAGGGGAUCCAGACAGCCUUUGAACUUGACUCAAAUGAGUUUGCCGUGGAAACCAGAGUACAAAGGCAAAGUAAACCUUCAUGUUUUUGAGGAUUGGUGUGGCUCUUCAAUUUAUCAACUUCAGAAGAAUAUUCAUUUUCCACUUUACCCUCACACACGUACCUCAGUGAACAAGAUUGCUGUUUCUCCAAAAUGGAAGAAUUAUGGGCUUCGGCUAUUCGGCUACAUACACCCCUACAAAGAUGGUGAUUUCCAGUUUGCAAUUGCGUCAGAUGAUAAUUCCGAGUUUUGGCUCAGUUCUGAUGAAAGUCCUGCAAACGCCAGACUGCUGAUGCAUGUAGGCAAGCUGGGAACAGAGUGGGCUGCUCCAGGCGAGUUCACCAAGUUCAGAUCUCAAGUCUCCAAUCCAGUCCAUGUUAUUUCUGCAAGAAGGUACUACUUUGAGAUGCUUCACAAACAGGAUGAUAAGGGAUCAGAUCACGUAGAAGUUGGGUGGCGGCCAUUUCUCCCUGGAGUGAAGUUUGAAAUUAUCGAUUCACCGCACAUUUCUCUGUACACAGAAGAAUCAUCACUGAAGAUGAACAGCGUUGAUCAUAUCCCACAAACCCUUGCAAGUCAUGCAGGAGGUCACAAGAUGGUACACAGAGAGCUGCAUGCUGCAGACAUGCUCAAACCCGAUCCCAGGGACACCUUCUUCCUGAUUCCACCAAUAGAUCCAUCCCGGGUGCAACACAUCCUUCCACCCUGUGUGUACUCACCAACUUACAUUGUGAAGGACUUUCCCAUCGCUCGCUACCAAGGACUGCAGUUUGUCUACUUGUCCUUCGUCUACCCAAAUGACUUCACCAGGCUUACACACAUGGAAACGGAAAAUAAGUGUUUCUACCGGGAGAGCCCUUUGUAUUUGGAAAAAUUUGGAUUUUACAAGUACAUGCAGAUGGAUGAGGAGGAGAGCAAGCCGUUUUUGUUCGAUAACGCAGAGGAUUUCCCAGAAGAAUCAGAAGGAGUAGACACCGAAACCAUACUAAGCAACAGUCAGGUAACAUGGAACAAAAGCACCAUUAAAGAGCAUGAAAAUAACAGCCUAGUCCAGGACCAAGUGGUUGCAAAGAGGAGACUUCUGCCAUCAGUGGUGGACAGCAGGAAUGACCUUGAUGACUACACAUUCAGCCAUAAGAGAAGGUCCGAGGAGCACCACAUUGUGAAAUCGCAAAGAAAGGCCUUAGAUCCAAUUCCUCAGGAAAAUAAUGUGCCCCCAUCAACUGCUACCUACUACAGUCAGGAAAUGGACCUCUUUCACAAGCUAAGCAAUAGGCAAAGCAGGUCCCUAACCUGGGUCAAGCUCAUCCCAGAAGAGUUGAAUAAAAAGCCAGCCACCCAGUCAGCUCUGUCCAAGCUUGGUAAAGGUAGCUUGUUCAACUUGCAGCCACAGAUUUCUAUUCCACUCAUUCCCAGCAAAACCAAACAGUUUUUAAGUAACUCUGCUCAUGCUGGACUCCACAAAAAAAGAUUCAGUGAGCCCAGGAAGCUGCAGAACAAAAUCUAUGUGACAAGACCCCAGGAAAAGAAGAAGACAACAUUGCACACAGAGAAGGCCAAGGAUUUGUUCCCCAGAGUGUACUUGCAUACCAGCACAAAGAAUGCUGAACUGCAAGACCUGAGCCCCAAAAAUGAAGAGAGGAAUAUGGCUUCUAUUACAAGGGGGAAAAAGACAACACUGUACCUCACAAAUAAAAUUUUUUGGUUAAAUAGCAACACCUCACAGGAGGGGAAAGUACAACAUAUCAACAAUGAUGCUUUUCACAGGACAACUACUCAGAAGGUGGGUAGGAACUGGAAACCACUGCACAGAAAUUUGGAGCAGUAUAGGGGUGACAAAAAUAAACACAUCAUUACUGUAACACCUCUCAUUCACCUUAUGAGUGAGGAAGUUUUGGGUAAGGAAGAAGCCAUGCUUCACAAAGAAGAAAAGGAGCUUAAAUCAACCGGCAUUGCUGCUGGAAAUGACGCCGAAGAGACGCCAUACUGGAAGACUGAUGACCUGAGUGAAUCGCAGCAAACAUACACAGACCAGUUUGAGGUUACUGAUGACGGACUGUCGGAUUACAGUUAUGAGGAUACUGAGCUGCAGAAACAUUGGAUAGAGGAGUCCAUAAACUGGCAACGAACAUUCAGUGUUAGCUCCAUGGAUUUCGAGCUCCUGCGGUCCGACUGGAAUGACCUCAGGUGUAAUGUUUCAGGCAACCUGCAGCUAAGUGAGAGUGAGGUGGUGGAUAUUCUAGCGCAGUACAUGGAGAAACUGAAUGAGAAAAAUGGAGGCAUUUAUACACUUCUGCGGAUCAUUAAUGUGGAGAAACGGAGGGAUUCUGCUCGUGGUAACAGAUACCUCAUUGAAUUGGAGCUGAUGGAGAAGGGGAGGAAGGUGGUCCGUUUGACAGAUUACAUCUACCUCUUGCUGCACAGAACAAAACAAGAUGAUGGAAUUGAAGUAACAACACAUUUGCAAAAUAAGGAACCCACUCAGCUGAACGUUCCAUACUCGAAGCCUCUCCUGUGCCAACCAGUAGGAUUGCAUAUAAGGUCGGAUGUCAUGGUACACUUUGUAGUUCCAGUAAAGAACCAGGCCCGAUGGGUGCAGCAGUUCAUUAUAGAUAUGGAAGACCUCUACAUGGCAACAAAGGAUGAAAACUUCAACAUUAUCAUCAUUGACUUUGACAGUAGUGACAUGGAUGUGGAACGGGCCUUGAGGAACAGCAAACUGCCUCGAUAUCAAUAUUUGAAACGAACAGGGAGUUUUGAGCGCUCAGCUGGGCUUCAGGCAGGAGCAGAUGCUAUAGAGGACAGCCACACAAUUCUAUUCCUAUGUGAUCUACACAUCCACUUCCCCAUCAGCAUCAUAGAUAAUAUAAGAAAGCAUUGUAUUGAAGGGAAAUUGGCAUAUGCCCCUAUCGUGAUGAGAUUGGGCUGCGGCAGCUCUCCUAGUGAGCCUGAUGGGUACUGGGAAGUAAAUGGGUUUGGACUGUUUGGAAUCUUUAAGAGCGAUUUUGACAAGAUUGGUGGAAUGAACACAGAAGAAUUCCGGGAUCGAUGGGGUGGAGAAGAUUGGGAGCUACUGGACAGGGUUCUUCAGAGUGGCCUUGAGGUAGAACGAUUACGCCUCAGGAAUUUCUACCAUUAUUUUCACUCCAAGCGAGGGAUGUGGGAUUCUCAGGCCAAGAAAACAGCAAAAGGACCGAAUGAGGGUUGA